UUGUGGGAGUGUGUGUGUGUGGGUGGGUGUGUGUGUGGGUGUGGGCUACGGAGCCAAGAAAUCUUCCAUAGACGCGAGUCUGUGCUUCUUCAUCGACAGGAUCUGCGAGGAGGAGUUGCUUCAUGUGGGUUCGCGGAGGAAUUUGACCUGCGGGCGGCCGUUGCGAGGAAGUUAUUAUGGUUAUUCCAGUCGCGAGCUUCGCCUCCUCGGAAGAUUGGCUACAUUUGAGUUGUAGUGGCGGUGAACUGCGACCUUGUGGUUGUUGGCCUUUGUGGGCGUCUUCAUGCUCUUCGCAAGCUCGCGAUUGCCUUGCAUACAGGAACAGGGAUUCGAGAAUUGUUCAAGCUUUUCAGCUCCAUCAAAGAAACAUUAAUUUUAGGAGGGAAGGCGAAGCUCCUUCCAUCUGCCAUGAAACCAUCAAUCCUUGCCAUUUUUCUCGUCGUGUCCCCAACAAACUCCUCUUCUAGGCUGAAAUCUGUUGAUUCUCUCAAGUUACUGAACCGCAGCUUCUUGCUGUUACCAUUCUAAAUCUUCCAUUUCUGAGAAUAGUUGACCCACACCCUAAUUCCGUCUCCAGUCACCCUCAGUCUACCAGAUCGUCGCAAAUUUUCAAGUUUACCAAAUUCGCACAAUAUAGCUGAGGCCGUAAUAACAUUAUUCGAAACAUGGGACCUAAAAGUUGAUGAACACAGCUACAGCAACUGUUGAUUCAAUCUUCACUUAAAAGCAAUUAAGCAACAAAUUUUGAUAUUCGAUUCAAUAGCGUUGCAAUCAUGAAUCAGGUAACGAGGUCUUCCAAUCUGCGUGUAGCGGAGGCCGAAAUGAUGACAAAAUCGUUACAACAGGAGAAUGACAUUCUACGUUUUCAGCUCAAUGACCUCAUCAACCGUGAGAAAAACCAAAGACUCGAGCUACAAAGGCUGCGGGCACAUCGAGAUGUAGAAGUGUCUGCUCUGGUGAAUGCAUCCACACAACAGUUGAAAGGAGAGGUGGAGCGAUUAAAGGGGUUGUUAGAGCCUACAUCCUCGAGCCUUUCUCAAGCCCUCGCAGAGAAGGACAAGAUUGUCAAUGAGAAGGAGCAACUCUUGGCCGAGGUUGAGAGAAUGAGGAAAACAACUGAAGACGACGAAAAUACGCAUGGUGGACGGGUGCAAAUCCUCGAAACCAUCAUCGCCAAGAGCCAGGCUAUGACUAGCACCAUCUUGCAGAGUGUGGAAGCGUUCCAAAGACAUGUGCUACCAAAUUUCAAAGUCGUCAACGGUCAGAUCAACAAAUCAAGCAAAGCAAAUGACCCGGAUGGACCAAACAAACUCCUAGACGAGUUGCAAAAGUUGGAGGCUGGGAUUGCAUUGCUUCGUGUAAUCGUGGAUGCAAAGAACGACACUCUUGUUCUUAUCCGUGGCAAGUUGAAACAAGAGAAUGAGGAGCUUAGAGCUGAGUUGGCAAAGGCAACAGAAUCGCCUUCGAUUCAGCACGAGGCAGCACCCACUCAACAAGAAGCAUCCCGUGACCAUGAGAGUCACGUUGAAAAGGAUCUCCUAAGGCAUGAGAUUCACGCGUUACAGGACCUAUAUUCUACAAAAUUUAAGCAGAUGCAGGCGAUGUUGAAGGCAUAUCAACAAGCGGAGACUACUCAACAGGCUAGCUAUAAUGAAAUUCGACGAGAGUGCCAGUCGUUACAAGCACGGCUAGCGACUGUUGAAGCAUCGCGUUGUCAACUCGAAGAAAAUCUUAAGGAUGAAACCUCGGCCCGUUCUCAACUUGUAACAAACAUAUAUCACAUGCGAAAGGAAAACGAGGCAUUAAAGUCGGAACUCGAAAUGGUGAAAGUGAAUCAGAAGUUCUUCAGAGGGCACGCAAGGAAAGGCCGACUUCCUAUGGAUAAGAUGGAUUUGGUAAAUACUGUGAAUCAGUUGCUGUUGGAGAAUAGCAAAUUGAGGAAUGAUAAUGUGACGCUCGAGGAAGACGUGAAGACACAACGACGAUCGAAUGUGCUUGAGAGGGUCAAAAGUGUUGUCACAGCUCGAGAUGUGGCCUUGUGUGCAAGCAACAAGGUGGGAGACUCGGAAUUGGCAAGCAAGCUAGCUAGGGUCCGGCUACAACAAUUUGGUGGCCAGGGUUCACUCGCACAACUUGCAUUCAUGAAUGGAAACGCUGGUUUGAGCCCGACCAUGAGCCCCCAUUUGCUAGGUGAAACUUUAGGAUUUGCCGGCUGGAGUUCACCAAGUGCAGAGGCCACAGCAACUACAAAGCCCACAAAGAUGGGUGAUAUUUAUAAUUCGGGACACGCAGACAUUGCUCAGCAUGGUGGCCUGAGAGAACGUGGAAGUUUAAGUAGGUAGUAUCUUACUUUGAGUAUACAUGACAACCCAACCAAGUCACGCUCAUUGGCAAAAUCAAUUCAACGUUACGACUGGUGUAAUCUCUUACGCUGUGGUGUGCAAGGAAGAAAUCGAAAUACUUCACUGAAAGACUUACACGGAAGGCCAUGACAUCUAAGCGUUGUUAAAUUGCUACUGCGGGGUUGGAAAUUGUGAAAUUCUCAGUUGUAUAAUAGCAGGCUUCUACACUGGGAGAAUAUACCAAUGUUGAGGUCUUUGGUAAUUUUGUGGUUGAGCCUUGGAAGAAGCGAAGAGAUGUGAAUGCUAAAGCCUUCUCGUUUCAAGUUUUGUAAGGUUGGGUCCAGUAAGAAUUGAACAGGACUACAAAUUGUGGAGAAUUUGUUGAAGGUAUUGAAGACUCUGAAUGUCUUCUUCCUUUUGAACCUACUAAGAGAGUAGAGCAUGUAUCGACUUCUAGCAGAAAUAAACUUCUGUAUCUUGCGAAAUGACAACAAAGCAGAUCUCCUUAUAAUGAAUGAUA